GGAGCUCCUCAGUACUUUGACGUCCACUUGACAGUGAAACAUGGGUCGGCACUUGUCUGACAGUGAAGAUGACAGUCGAAGCAGGAGGAAGAAGAAACAGCGGCGCCGGUCUUCUUCCUCUUCCUCUUCCUCCUCCUCAUCAUCCUCAUCCUCUGGCAGCAGGGUGACAAGCAGCCACAGCCGGCGGUCCAGUCGUAGGAGCCGUUCUCGCUCCAGAGACAAGAGACGAAGACGACGUUCCAGUAGUAGUUCGUCCUGUAGUUCGUCUCACAGGAGGAAGAGUCGCAGUGCAGACAGAGAUAAAGGAAGAAGCCACCGCUCGUACAGGUCAUACAGCAGAGACAGGAGAUCUUAUUCUCGCCAUCAGCGGUCGCGCAGUAGGAGCCGCAGCCAUAGCAAAGAGCGGAACCGGAGUCGCCGUAAAGCUCGCGGCCGGGAAAAGGAAAAGGACAGAGGAAGAGACAAAGACAGAGAAAAGGACAAAAGUAAAGACAGGGCAGAGAAAAAGGAGGAAGCUGAGAACAUCAAAGCACGAUUGGAACAUCUGACUCCAGCAGAACAGGCCAAGGUCCGAAUGCAUUUGGUCCUGCAGGCUGCAGCGAAGACGGACGAGGUGCUGAAGGCCAAAGUAGCCAAGAGAGAGGAGGAGGCCCGGCAGAAGCAGGAAGAAGGGGGAACUUCUUUGGAGGAGCAAGUGCGAAGGAUAAAGGACAUCGAGGCCAUCGAGAGUGAUUCCUUUGUUCCACAGGCUUUCAAAUCAUCCAGGGAUGUUAUAAAGGCUGCACCAGCUGAGGUGAAGCAAGAGUCCGAGAAAUCAGAGCAUCACGACAUCAGUCUCCCAAUAUCCAUAGUCUACAAUGACACUGGCACAAUCGCCCAUCCCAGUUUGUUCAUGGACAAGGAGAAGGCAGAGGAGCUUUGGCUGAACAGACUCUUCUCCCUGCGUCAGGAGAGGCUGAUGGGAAGUCCUGUGACCUGAAAGAUCACAGACACAUUGGAGAUCCUUCUUUUCCCACAUCUGGAUGGUUUCAGUCUGGAAUUUAGUCUGUUAAUCCCCAUUGUUGUCAAUACGUCGGGCUUCAGAACACCACAGCCUUCUUAAUUUAUAUCUCAUUCUCUGAAUAAAUACUUUGUUUAACCUUAUCACGAGAUCUUCAGAUAAUUUCUGUUUUGAUUGAUGUGUUCAUUACCUGGACUAUAGAGACGAUAAAGUGCUUCUGUUUAUCGAGAAUACUUCAAAAGCAAGAAAGCCCAAAAAUAAAAAAUGUUGACAAUGAUCCAGAUCCUGAUUCAUCAUUUUCAGAUGGAGCGUGUUUGAUCUUUUUGCUUAUGGACUGUUUUAGCAUAUGCUAGUGUUUGACACAUUUGUUAUUUUGUAAUUAGCUCAGUAAAUAAAUAGCUGUGAUUGUG